AUGAGGUAGCAAGAGGGAGAGAGACACUCCCACACACAGAGAUCAGGGUUUCAUUGCUGCAUUGAUAUUUGCUCCCACUCCUAAAGGAGAUUAUCAUUUCUCAUCUUGUUUGGGCUCAUUUGCAUCAGGAUCACUCACAGAGAAGAAGUAAAAGACCCUAAUCUGCUUCUUGUGAUAGAGAUUUUAGCUCACUCACUGCAGCUUUCAUACAAUAUGGCUAUAAAAGCGGAGGGUGCUCUGCAGAAACGUGAGAUGGCUUCGAAGAGGUUCAAAAUUAUUUUGUUUUUAAUUGUAGUAUUGGCCUCUGCUUGUUUGUAUUUGAUUGAAAUCAGUAUAUUCUGUCAAAAGAAGGAAGAGGCCACGUCAGUGACUUUUAUAACAGAGAGUGGAAACUUUUUGCAGUUGCCAGAUAUAGACUGCAGUAGGACUCCUCCGUUCCUGGUACUCCUUGUGACAUCAUCACAUGGCCAGAAUAAAGCUAGGAUGGCUAUCCGUGAAACAUGGGGGAAACACAGACUAGUUGCUGGCAACCUCAUCCUGACAUAUUUUCUUCUGGGAACCACCAUGAACCAAAAUGAUCAAACUGGUAUUAUUGCUGAAAGUCAGAAAUACAGAGACAUUAUCCAGAAGGACUUUAUAGAUGUGUAUUACAAUUUGACUUUAAAGACAAUGAUGGGAAUUGAAUGGGUUCACAAAUUUUGUCAUCAAACCAGGUUUGUGAUGAAAACUGACACAGAUAUGUUUGUCAAUAUCUUUUACCUGACUGAACUUCUUUUAAGAAAAAACAGAAACACUAGAUUCUUCACAGGCUUUUUAAAGAUGAAUGACUUCCCAAUAAGAAAGAUAUAUAGUAAAUGGUAUGUGAGUAAAGAUGAAUAUCCAGGACACACGUAUCCUCCAUUUUGUUCAGGGACUGGUUAUGUUUUCUCCACCGAUGUUGCCAGUCAGAUUUAUAAUAUUUCAGAAAGUGUCCCUUUUAUUAAACUGGAGGAUGUUUUCAUAGGACUGUGUCUUGCUAAACUAAAAAUCAGCCUGGAGGAACUUCAUUCAGAACAGACAUUCUUUUCAGAGAAGGUUGAGUUCUCUCUUUGUCGCUUCAAGAAAAUUGUGACAUGCCAUUAUGUGAAACCUCAUGAACUGCUGAUCUAUUGGAAUGCACUGGAGAGCUCAAUGGAUGAAAAAUGCCCAGAUGUCUGAAAUAGCUGAGCUAACAAAAAGUGACACAAAAAAGCACAGGACUAGCCUUUAGUAGGGUUACCACCUGGCCAGUAGUUUUUUUAUGGAUUUGCCAGUUGCCAGAAAAAUAAUUUAAUCUGCCUUUUUUUUUUUACAUGGGUCUAAAGAUUUGAAUUAUUAUCACCACAUUACACUAGGAUAUCUAAUGUUAAAAUUUUCUGUGUCCAGCUAAAGAUGCUGCAGUGUUCCCACUUCUGCAGAUUAAGUAAGAAAAUGAUAUUAUCAAUCUUAUCUAUAUGUGUAUCUCUCUAGAUACUGUAAGUGACUACUGGGGGCAGGAUUUGCAGGGGUCUUGUAGGGGUGGGAGUGGUGCCCGGUUUUUUUUUUUUUUUUUUGCAUUUCAAAGGUGGUAAAGCUAGUCUUUAGUCAGGCAAAACUUGGCCACUGAAGUCAGGCUGGGGACUUGUACAGUCAAAAAGACACAGAUAAAUAUUUUAAUCUCUUGUCCCUCUGCAAAUUUGCUGUUAAUUAUUUGCAAACACUGGACUUCCUUGCAAAGCAAAAGACAACAAAAGCUCUUUGUCUCCGCACUGACACUUACAGUAAUGUCAGCAGAAGGCUGGGAAUAUUUACAUAUCAUUUGAUUCUCUCUAUCCUUUUUUCUGUUUCCCUAACAUUAAAAGUUUACAGUCCAAAGUCCAUUCCCUGACAGAUUAUAACAAGGUUAGGCCACACUCCUGUAAUGAGCUCUGUGUGAGCAGACACAUGCAUCUGCAUGAAACCCUUUUCCCUGCUGAAGUUGAUGGGGCUUUGCACAGGUGUACAGAUCUACCUAUUCAGAGCCUGUUGCAGGAGCAAAAAGAAAAGGAGUACUUGUGGCACCUUAGAGACUAACAAAUUUAUUAGAGCAUAAGCUUUCGUGAGCUACAGCUCACUGCAUCGGAUGCAUUUGGUGGAAAAAACCUGCAGGAGCAGGGUCUUAAGUACCAUAGGUUAACUUCUGAGCCUUUAUGAUCACUGCAUUAGUUUUCUAUUAUACAUUUCACAUUUAAAAUUAUGCAUACAAGGUUUAAUCCAAUGGAAAGAAAAAAUCAGUAGUGCUGACAGAAUACUGGAGUUGGUAAAUAAAUAAUGUAUUUCAAUAUGCUAUAUUCCCCCUUCAAUACAAAGGGUAUUUUUAAAUGCAGAGGAAUUAGUAAAUACUGCAAAAUUCUAAACUCAAACAUCACAUUUCCCUUUCUGCUGGGAUUGUCAAAGGGGCUGAAGAGAAUGAGGUGCCACCAUCAUGUUAAUGGGAUUUGGGCACCUGACUCCAUUAGUCUCUUUUGAAAACCCCAGCCUCAAUUGUUAUGAUUAUACUCAGGCCAUAUAUGUAAAAGCUGAAUGAACAAAAGGGCUAUUUGUAGAUAGUGUAUUUGAUGUAACAAAAUGUGAUUGUUUUAAAUAUGAGUCUAUUCUCCCCUUGAAUUUGCACAUGCAACUUUUUUAAGGCUGAUAUAAAAAGUAUGACACUCCUUACAUUAUUUGCAUAGAACAUAUAAAUAUCAAAUUAACAAAACUUGAUGUAUGAUACUAUUUUAAUAAAAGAUUGCUAUUAAAGCUUUUUGUCUGU